AUGACCAAACUUCACCACACACAUGAACUUUCACCAAAUCAAUGUUCUUCACUUUUAGUCCAAAUUAUCGAUGCACCACUUCCCUUAGUAUGGUCUUUUGUGAGAAAAUUUGACAAGCCACAAUGUUACAAGAAUUUUAUCAGCAGCUGCACACUAAUCUCUGGUGAAGGUGGUGUUGGUAGUGUAAGAGAAGUCAAUUUAGUUUCUGGAUUUCCUGGUAAAAAAAGCAUAGAAAGGUUGGAUUUUCUUGAUGAUGACAUGCAUGUAAGUGUGUUUAGUGUUGUUGAUGCGGACCAUAGUUUCUUGAACUUCAAAUCUAUUAUCACUUUGCAUGACGAUAAACAAGAAGAAGAAGAAGAAGGUACGAUUGGCAAUAAAACAAUAGCUAUUGAGUCAUAUGUUGUGGAUAUUCCUGAUGUCAGUUGUAGAGAGGAUACGUGUGAGGUGACUGAUAAUAUCAUGAGAUGGAACCUUAGAUCUUUAGCUUGGGUUGCUGAAAAUAUGGAUACUAGUACUCAAGUUUCUUCCUUGAACUUGAACAAAACUGAAAUUACAUGCUAG